CGGGGCUUCCUGUCCCAGAUCGCAGGGGUGAGACAAUAAAGAUCCGAGCAGCAGCAUUUCCAUUAAUAACAGCAUAGCUGGACUUUAUCUGUGAUCUCACUGACACGCACAGCAGUUAGACUUAUUUAUCAAAUCCUUAAAUCAAAUAGAUCCCAGAAAAAGAUUGGGACUUCUGAGCACAGAAAUGGUGAUGGAGAAGCCCAGUCCCCUGCUGGUAGGGCGGGAGUUUGUGAGACAGUAUUACACGCUUCUCAAUAAAGCACCAGACUUUCUGCACAGAUUUUAUGGACGGAACUCAUCCUAUGUCCAUGGUGGACUGGAUGCCAAUGGAAAGCUUUCAGAGGCAGUCUAUGGGCAGGCUGAGAUCCAUCAGAAGGUGCUGUCCCUGCAGUUCAGUGAGUGCCACACAAAGAUUCGGCACGUGGAUGCACACGCCUCUCUGAGCGAUGCUGUGGUGGUGCAAGUCAUGGGAGAACUGUCCAACAACGGCCAGCCCAUGAGGAGGUUCCUACAGACGUUUGUUCUGGCUCCAGAGGGUUCUGUGGCAAAUAAGUUUUACGUUCACAAUGAUAUCUUCCGAUAUGAGGAUGAGGUCUUCGGUGACUCCGAGGCGGAGCUGGAUGAAGACUAUAACUGGAGAGGAUUCCUGUUCCAGUAUGGUACUGUUGACUGUAACAAUGGUGUGGAAGAAGCUCACGAGGAAGCGGCUCUGGAGCUAGAGCCCGAGGCCGCCGAGGAGCCCAAGAUCGAGGAGCCGAAGCUCAAGGCAGAGGAGAAGAUGGUAGAGGAGUUUGAGGAGAAAGCACCAUCUCCUGAUCCUAUGGAAUCACCACCUAACAUACAGGAACCACCCAAAACUUCGUCUUGGGCUUCAGUGACCAGCAAAAACUUGCCUCUCGCUGGGACUGUUCCGUCCUCUGGAGCUCAACCACAUGUUAUUAAAGCACCAAACUCACAGCCCAGAGUUGAGGCCAAGUCAGAGCUGUCAUCAGCGUCAAUCCGUCCACGUGACCAGCGCAUCCGAGACAGACCCUCAGUGACCUCCAGAGGGCCGAGAUCUGAUGGCGUCUCAUCUUCUGACUCUCAGACGGGAAAGCCACAUUUCAGCUUCGUAAAUAAAGGAAGGGCUGAUGAUUCGGGUGAAGUGGACGGCAGAAGGGUGCUCCGGUAUCCAGACAGUCAUCAGCUGUUUGUUGGCAAUCUCCCUCAUGACAUCGAUGAGAGUGAGCUCAAAGACUUCUUCAUGAGCUUUGGAAAUGUGGUCGAGCUGCGAAUCAACACCAAAGGCACUGGAGGAAAGAUUCCCAACUUUGGCUUCGUUGUCUUCGAUGAUUCUGAGCCGGUGCAGAGAAUUUUAGGCGUUAAACCCAUCAUGUUCCGUGGCGAGGUGCGUCUGAACGUGGAGGAGAAGAAGACGCGUGCGAUGCGCGAGCGGGAAACCCGUAGUGGAGCAGAAGACCGGCGGGACGCCAGGCGCGGUGACCGGGCUCUGGGGGGGCCCCGUGGCUUCAUGAUGCGCGAGCGGGAAGCCAGGGGCCCCCCGUCACGUGCCGUGGCCCCUGGGAGGAGCACGGGUUCCAGUGAGGGCCGCUUCACCGCUCCGAGGCGUUGAGAGGAGCUCCCUUCAUUCAUCUCCAUACUGAGAAGUCUAUGUGAAUGCAUACUUGAGUUUUCUGCGUUUUUACUCCUUGUGUUGUACACUUGCAUUUUUGCCUUUGGAACGAGAAACAGAUCAACAACUUGAACAACCUCAUGAUUCAAAACACACUGUUCACUUUCAGUUGGAGUUAGGCAACCCUAGACCCUAACGGUUGCACACUUUGUAGGGAAACGAGUCUGUAGAAGUACCCUUCUUUUCGUGUUAGAUUACCUUCCAGUUGCUAUUGGUGUCAAAUGUGCAGACUGACGGGUCGAAGGCCUUUUUGAAAAGUAUUUUUGGUUUGUUUUUCAGGCUGUUAUUUAGGUUGUUUCUCUUUUCGGCUUAUGAAUAAGCAAAAGGUUUUCUUUUUUAAUGUACAGAUUUGACAGCGUUUCCUUUGUCUUCUGGGUCUGCCUGAAUGAGGGAACGGAGCACUUAUAGAAGCGUUUGUAAAGUGGAAAGAUAUCAAGAUUUUUGUGUCAAGGCAUUUUUUUUUUAUUUAUGCUGAAUGUUUUUCUUAAGGCAGAGCCACUUUAUUAAAUUUUAAUUCUCAA